AUUCACGUAUCCAUGCAUGGAGAGGAAGGCCUCUUUCCGGGGCAUAUGACAUUGAAUGAAGUAAUCAAUAUUCUGAAGGGAAUGAAAUCAUCAACAACAUCUGCAAGGACAGAUUUGCCGAUCCCCUUAAAUAUAUUAUCGCCAAUACAUGAGUGUCAGGAAGUUUCACAGAGGAGUGUUGUUGGGCAGAAACCCCUUCUUAUGCCCACUUUCAUGGACUGUGGAUUUUCAACAGGACAUAAAGACAGUGAAGAUGGUUAUAACAAUCCGAUGAACCUCAGUAAAGUAAAUAGCAGGGAGAGGAGUCCUGGCAUUGAGAUGGAUUCCAUUUCCAUGAUCCAAACACAUAGAUGUCUCCAGACUGAGGAGAAAGAUGUUUCUGAUGUAAUCCCUCAGGAUUAUAGAAGUUCAAAUCAAUUGACCUCCAUGUACCAUGGAUUUUCUCAAAGGGAAGAUUCGUUUGAAGUUGUCCCCAAGGAGGAAGUGCAACAAGACAUUAUGGUUCCUGCGGAGCAGCUACAAUCAGAGAUGAUCACCAGGCCACAGCAGAAUGAAGAUUGCCAGAAUUCUGAGAGAGACUACACAUGUGAGAGUCACCAAGAGAGACACAACAGAGUCCCAAAGACAUACCAGUGUGGGGAAUGUCCCAGAACAUUCAAAUAUCCCUCCAGUCUUUUAUCCCACCAAAGAAGACACAAGAAGGAGAGAACCUUUGUCUGUAACACGUGUCAUAAGGACUUCUAUACUAAAUCAGACCUAAACGUCCAUUCAGUCAUACACAAGGGAAAGAAACCUUUUGCAUGCAAUACAUGUGGACAGUCAUUUAGCCAUACAACAAAUCUGAUUGCUCAUGAGAGGAUUCAUACAGGAGAGAAGCCCUAUACAUGCUCCCUAUGUAACCAUAGCUUCCGCCAGUCAUCCACAUACCACCGGCAUAGGAGGCUUUGCCAUAAAUCAGAAUGA